CCGAGAGCGGCCGAAAGCAAACGGGAAAUUCGCUAAGAUACCAACCACACAGACACACACGCACUUAUCUACAUAGCUGUGUGUGUGCGUGUGUGUAUAAUUGAAGCGCCAAGUGCCAGUGUCCUAGAAAUUAAACGUAUAACAAAAUAAGGACCGAAUCGAAUCGAAUCGAAUCGAGGGCGAUAAUGGAAAAGUAAUUGGGGGAGAGCCGCAUUUGAUAGGCCAAAGCCCAAAGUCCGAGUGUGAGAGACGGAGUCUUGGGAGAAAAGUGCAAGUGAAAAGUGGCUGAAAGAAGAAGAAAAUCAAACACUCACACACAAACACACACUCACCCAUACACAGAGGCACAAAGGAAACGUCAUAUGCCAGAGGCAAAGCAUUGACAGGAGCGGGAGCACAAGCAGGAGCCCAGUGGAAAAGCAUUUUGUGUAUCCUAUAUUGUGUGGCACACAGCCAGGACAGCGGAGCGUGUCCUUAGCCAUAGUUCCCAGCGAACAACAACAGCAACAAUAACGGCAACAACAAUAGCAAUUACAUCGUGUAGUUGCCAUAAUGAUAGAUUUCAAAAAAAUAAAUUGAGCAAAUUAUCGUAUAAAACGUGCCCCGGCUUGGCAAAAGUCUAAAAAUAAAACCAAAGUAUAUACAAGUAUCCUGAAAGUGGCACCGCAAACUGACUUUAAAUUAUGCAUGCACAUUGAUUUUCCGACCACGGCCCGGUUGUCGUCCCUAAAUAUCGCCAUCAUCACCACCACCACCAUCAUCAUCAUCAACACCAUCAUCAUCGUCCUCAUCAGCAGCCGCCUAUCCGGGCAAUCGGCUUUGUCGUCGCAUGUUAUCAGCGGAACUGGCGUCCUCGACGGCUUUGUUGAAUGCGAAUUAUCAGCGCAACAACGGCCCCGCAAAAGAUGAAGUUUGCCUCUCGACAACAUAUGACAAGUGCCACACAGCAGCAGCAGCACCAGCAGCAGCAACAUCGACACCAGCAACACAUAACGAAGCAGCCGCUACAAUGACCAAGCAAUUGACAACGGUUACGGCAACCAAUGCGGCAUCCAGCAUAACCCAAGCGGGCGAUUUGGCGCCCACAGUUAUAUCCCCGACCACGGCCACAGCCCUUGAGACAGGCGGAGCAGCAGCCAGCUCAGAUGGAGGAGGCGGAGGAGGAGGAGCAACUGCCAUCGAGGCAACAAAGACUUUGAAGCAACCUGCAACAACGACAGCUCCAGCGAAACCCUCGAGUAGCGAUGCCAGCGGCCGAUCUGCAGCUCUGGAGCGUGCCUACGUGCACGACGUGUACGAGCAUUGCGAGGAGCCCACGGGUCCUGUGCGUCCCAGGAUGGCCCAUUUCCUGGCCGGGCUAGAGCCUGGCUCUGUGGUCUGCGACGUGGGCUGCGGGAGUGGGCGAUAUUUAACGCAAUGCAACCCGGCCAUAUGCACCAUUGGCGUGGAGCGUUGUUACCGCCUGAGCAAGGUGGCCCACGAGAAGGGCGGUGAGGUGGCCCUCUGCGAUAAUCUGGAGCUACCCUUCCGAGACGAUAGCUUCGAUGCCGUGCUCUCCCUGGCUGUGGUUCAUCAUUUUGCCACCACGGAGCGACGGGUGCAGGCUCUCAGAGAGUUGGCCAGGAUUCUGAGGAUUGGCGGUCGUGUGGUGAUCACCGUUUGGGCUCUGGAACAGCGACAUCGUCGGUUUGAAUCGCAGGAUGUGCUCAUACCCUGGCAGCCGCCUAAAAAUCGCAACUACUCGUACUCGGAUGAGGAGGACGAUGAUAACUUUCAGCCGCCUUAUCAUGCCUACACCGAGGACUCAACGAACUCCAGUCGAUCGGCGGGGGAUGGGGACAGCUCAAGUUUAAGUUCCUCUUCGCCGGGGGAGUCCUGCUACAGCUUCGUGCGAAGGGCCAUUCAGAAACUGGCCCGUGGUCGUCGGCAUGCCUGGUUCAUGGACUCUUGGUCGUCGAAGGACACCAAAAACGACAGCAGCCUGGACUAUGAGGAUGCCAAGGACCUGCCCAUUGAGCUGCGGCGUCUGGAGGACUUUGAAGACUUUCCCGACCCGCCGCUAUCCGCUGGCCUCAAGUCCCGCAGCCUGGGCAGCAUCCUUCAACCCCCACCCCGUCAGAUCGUGCGCUCCCGCUCCAGUGUCCCCAGUUUGGGAGGUCCUUUAAUUCCUGGUGAAUCGAAGGCCACAGCGGCAGCUAUGCUCCUGAAUGCUCCCGAGGGUCAGCAGCUCCAGAUGAAUGGGGGACGACACUCGCCGCCCACAACAGCCAGUGCUGGGAACACCCUCAGCCGCCGGCCCAAGCUCAUCAAGCAGAAGCAAUCCCUGUGCGAGGAUGAUGCUGCCACUCCCUCCGCCCACGAGACCUUCCAGAUGCUGAGCAGCUACAAUGGCUCCAACGGUGGGGUGAGCAGCAGCCUCUAUACGAGGAGUGGCUGCUAUGCCGGCAACUUUCAUCAGCAUCCAUCCUCAACGAGCUCCUCCACGAUGGUGGCCACACCGCCUUCGGGAGCAGCAGCAGCUGGAGGCGGAGGAGGAGCAGUUCCGGGAAGCAGUGCGUUCCUGCGAAAACAGAGUUCGCUGAACGAGGAGCUAAUGGCUUGCAAUCGACUGCGGGAGAAGGAGCGAGUACGGAAACGUAUCCAGAAGCAGACCUCCCUGAACGAGGCCUUCCUCUGUCGCUCGGCUCUGUUCUCCAAGAGGCUUCAGGUGAUACGAGAGGGCUUUACCACGAAGAUUAAGAGCUCCACGGGCAGUCUGGAACGGGUCACGAAAACGGGCAUAAGCAAGUUGAUUCAGAACAUCAAGAGUGUCCCGCAGAUGCCAGCGAAUCCUCUCCAGAAUCCAGCUCCGACUGACAAGAGUCCCACGCUAAACAAUAAUAACAAGCAGGGAGUGACUCAAGUACCCCACCAGCAUCAUCAUCAUCAUCACCACCACCCUGUUCAUCAUCUGUCCCACUUGAUCCCGCUGCCCGCUUCCGCUGCCUCCGCAACGGGUCCCGUGACGUACUGCAGCAGCGUGGAGUGCACCAUGGGUAAUCUUUGCCACUGCAGCCAGUAUCAGCAAGAAUGUCCCGCCUGCGCGGAUGGUGGGCAGGGAGACAAGGCCCGGCGGCACUCCCGGGAAUCUGGAUCGGACUCCUCCAAGGACAGCAGCCUGCAGUCGGAUACUAGUAUCGAGUCAGAGGACAGCUUCGCUUCGGUUAUAUUCAUCCCAAAGCCGGAACAGCAUCAGCAGCAACUGAACUAUCAGCAGCAGCACCACAACUCCAACUCCAGCUCGAGCAACUCCUCGUCCAGCAACGGGCAGCGGGCCCAAGGAGCUGCCGGACGGGAGCAGGGUGUGAAUCCUGGUUCUCGGCUACCACCCACUCACUCAGUGCCAACGUCCCCGCUGAUCAUGCCCUGUCCACCAACGCCAGCUCACUCGCCGGCAGCCAUCCAGGGCAAUGUCACAUCUCCGCCGCAGUCCACGGCAGCGGUCUCUGCGGCCAUGGCCAUCCUGACACCGCCCUCGAAGCCGGCUAGAUUCAGUUUCGAUGAGGCCCACAUCAAGCAGCAGAAGGAGCAGCAGAGGGAGCAACAGAAGGAGCUUCACAAGGAGCAGCCAAGGGAGGUGAAGGAGCCACAGAAACACCUCACAAGCGAGUCGCUAAGGGAGAGCUCGAAGGACUCCCUCAAGGAAUCACCACCUGUUCGCCGGAUAACCCGCCAGGCCAUCAGGGAUCUGCCCCCCAUUCCCAAGUUCCGAAAACAGCAAUCCCUUCAGCUGCAACGUCAGAGUUUCCCCAUCGUUCGAAGAGCCUCGGGCUCUGGAGUAUCCACUUCCGCCUCCACCACUUCGCUUGCCAGUAAACUGCUCUCUCUGGAGCUCUUCAAUCCAGCCACUGAUGACCUGGACAGCGACUCCAGUGAGCCCUCGUCGCCAGACUCCAUAGACAGUGUGAUUAGCGCCCCGAGAUCGGCAAAGGUGCCCUCGGGUAGUGAUGAGGGCGGAGCCGUGUCGACCAACUCCAAUUCAGCUUCCCAGGAUGAGGGUGAGCCCAGCUUGGCGCAAAUGAUUAGUCGGCAACAGGAACAGUACCACAAGGGUGAGCUGCAAAUUAAUAGCUCCAGAUCCCAGGCGGAGGAUGAUAUAAUCCUGAAUGCGGACAGUGCUACCCUGCUGCCGGAGAAAAGGGAAUCGAUUCAGAAGCAGGAUUGUGCGGAAUUUGCGGAGCAGCUUACUGCCCAACUCCAGCGGGAACUGGAGGACAAGAGCAGCCGCACCGAGUGUCGCUAUUUGGAUGGCAUUGGAAUGGGAGAUCUGUCGGAUAUUCUGGGAGGCAGCAAGAAACGAUCCAAUGGUGAUUUGAGUUCCUUUCGGGACGAACUCCGGGAACGCCGCCUGAUGCUGGCAAAUCUAUCCACCCAACCAAGCCUACAGCAAUCGCCCGUCAGCUCUUCCACCUCAUCGCUAUCCUCGCAAACCCGCAGCUUCACCAUCCAGGAGGAAGAUGGUGAAGAGGAGGAGGAAGAGGAGAACGAGUCCAGCUAUUCCCUGGGCGUCUACGAGCACUGCAAGAUCUCCAAGUUUAGCUACAAGAGGAACAGGCACUAUCAACUAAAUCCAGAGACGGCCUACCUCCUGCAGGACGAUGGAGACAGUGAUGUGAGGGAGGACGAGGAUGAUGCCAUACCCGAGGAGGAGGAACAGGAGGAGCAGGAUGCAGAUGCCGAGGCUGAAGCCCUGGAGGCCAGCGGCGGUGAUCAACUGGGCGAGGGCAUGGCGGACUACGGCCAGCGCAGGCGCAACAUGGCCGCCCUCAAGGUACAGCCUCCCGCCACUCAGCAGCAGCAGCAACAGCAGCCGCACCAACAGCAGCAACAACACUCGCAGCAGGAGCCGCACCAGCCACCCAACCUGCAGCAGCGACCCUCCAGCGACUCCCUGGAGCACUCGAACAGCUCCACCAACUCCCUGGACAGUCCCUCUCAAGGUGGCGCCAGUACACAUCACCGUUACUACCAUGUGUUCCGUGAGGGCGAGCUGGACGCACUGAUUAACCACCAUGUGGCUAGCCUGCAUAUCGUAAGCUCCUACUAUGAGCGGGCCAGCUGGUGUGUGGUGGCCGAAAAGGUCCAGGUGUGGACUAUAUAAGCACCUUAAUCUAACUCAGGAACUCGAAACGAAACAAAUGUGGGUUACCUUCACCAAUAUUAAAUUUUUAAUUAUUUAUUUAGAAGAAAAAGAAAACAUUAUUUCAAAAAGCUACCGAUUCCAGGAAGCGCUAUUUGUUUUGUUUCGAGCUCCUGUUCUAUAAAAUAAAAGUAAACCCAUUCCUAGCUGUAGUCUCUGAUGCCCCAAAAGGAAUUGUUAAAUUUAGUCUAUUACUCUAGUCGAAAGGCUGGCUUAUCGGAGCGGGGAAGGCCCGUUUUCCGAUGCAGCACUAAUUUACCUUUAGAGCGCAGGUCUGCUCAAGGACGCGAUCGCAUUGAAAUCCAAUUUCGAAAGGGAAAACCACUUAGAUUUAGGUUCAAACGAAUACGAUAACGAUAACGAAUAUGAAACAACGCAAGCUAAAUGCAAAUCUAAUACAUUUUACGAGUAUAAAAUCUAUUUACAACGAGCAUCAGUUUGUAUCUUGCGCUAUCUUCAAACUAAGUUUCAUGCACAUUACGCUUUAAUUUCAAGGCAAAUAAUUAUCAGACGUCCAUAAAAAUACAAAAGAGUAUACAACUAAUGCAUAAAUAAAUUUAAAAUUGCAGAUACCAAUAUAGAAAACUCAUAUACAUAUACACCCAAGAACGCUGCAAAGUUAAUAGAACUCCCAUUAAAACUAACCAAUAUCAAUAACUGCAUUUAAAUCUAUGAGAAAACCGUACAUAUAUCUAGUGCAAAUUAAAUCAAAACAAUAUACACAUGAAACAAAUUUAAGAACAAUUUUCUGCAAGCUUAAAUCAAUUUGAUUUAUAUUUUUUACUUAAUUAGGAGCACAUUUUAAUUUCCUUCGUAAGAAACUUCCCAAAAAACGGCCAAUAAACACGAUUGUAACAUACGCCCUAUGCCUAAACUUGUAUUUUUUGUCAACAACAAAAAAUGUUAUUUAAAAAAUAACACCAAAC